CCCACCCUCCUGAAGGAACUAGUAGAGCUCGUGUACCGAGUGAUACAAGCCGGCUAGCAUGCCGCUCAAACAUAGAAUUGACUUCAAAUAAAUAGCGGUAGACAUAUAAGUUUUCUGUGCUGGAAUAGUGGUUAAUUGUGGAAAUAAAGACAGGGAAGUAGUAGAGGGUUAGACGGAACGAGUGCGUGGCUGUGGAAAGCUCUUCCUGACUAAUUCCAGCGCGGCUCACGCAGAACAUGGCGGAGCACCACACUGUCUCCGAAUGCAAGCACAAAGCAAAUCCGAAUGCUGGGGGCUCGCUCUCGGGCAAUGGUCGAUCCAACACCGCGGCUGGAUGUGCUGGCGGAGGCCUCUCCGGUGGAUUGACACAGCCGGCGGGAUGGCAGUCCCUCCUGUCAUUCACCAUUCUCUUCUUGGCAUGGCUAGCAGGAUUCAGCUCAAGGCUUUUUGCAGUGAUUCGAUUCGAGAGCAUCAUCCAUGAGUUUGACCCUUGGUUCAACUAUAGAUCAACCCAUCACCUCAGUACUAAUGGAUUUUAUGAAUUCCUCAACUGGUUCGAUGAGAGGGCAUGGUACCCACUUGGCAGAAUCGUGGGAGGCACGGUGUAUCCUGGGCUGAUGGUGACAGCAGGACUUAUCCACUAUCUGCUGAACCUGCUACACGUGACCGUGCACAUCCGCGAUGUGUGUGUGUUCCUGGCCCCCGUCUUCAGCGGCCUCACGGCCAUUUCUACCUUCUUGCUGACGAGGGAGCUGUGGAACCAGAGUGCAGGGCUGCUGGCUGCCUGCUUCAUCGCCAUAGUGCCCGGCUACAUCUCCCGUUCUGUGGCUGGCUCUUUCGACAAUGAGGGCAUUGCCAUCUUUGCUCUGCAGUUCACCUACUACCUCUGGGUGAAGUCUGUUAAGACUGGCUCAGUCUUCUGGACCAUCGGCUGCUGCCUGUCCUACUUCUAUAUGGUGUCUGCGUGGGGAGGCUAUGUGUUCAUCAUCAACCUGAUCCCUCUGCAUGUAUUUGUGCUGCUCCUCAUGCAGCGCUACAGCAGGAGGCUUUAUAUCGCAUACAGCACAUUCUAUAUAGUGGGCUUAGUGCUGUCCAUGCAAAUCCCAUUUGUGGGAUUCCAGCCUAUAAGGACGAGUGAGCAUAUGGCUGCUGCAGGUGUGUUUGCUCUGCUGCAGGCCUAUGCCUUCUUACAGUAUCUGAAGGACAGACUGACCAAGCAAGAGUUCCAGACGCUCUUCUUCCUGGGAGUCUCACUGGCUGCCGGGGUGGUCUUCCUCACUGUCAUUUAUCUGACCUACACAGGUUACAUUGCUCCUUGGAGUGGCCGAUUUUACUCACUCUGGGACACAGGAUAUGCUAAGAUCCACAUCCCUAUUAUCGCCUCCGUGUCAGAACACCAGCCCACCACAUGGGUCUCCUUCUUCUUUGACCUGCAUAUCCUGGUGUGCACUUUCCCUGCUGGACUCUGGUUCUGCAUCAAGAACGUCAACGAUGAGCGCGUCUUUGUGGCUCUCUAUGCCAUCAGCGCAGUGUACUUUGCUGGCGUGAUGGUGCGCCUUAUGCUGACGUUGACUCCGGUGGUGUGCAUGCUGUCGGCCAUCGCGUUCUCCAGUGUGUUCGAGCACUACCUGGGUGACGAUACCAAGAGAGAGAACCCACCAGCCGAGGACAGCAGCGACGAGGACGACAAAAGGAACUCCGGAAACCUCUAUGACAAGGCAGGGAAAGUGCGCAAGCACGUGUCUGAGCAGGACAAGCCAGAAGAGGGCUUGGGGCCCAACAUCAAGAGCAUAGUGACCAUGCUGAUGCUCAUGUUGCUCAUGAUGUUUGCUGUGCACUGCACCUGGGUGACCAGCAAUGCCUACUCCAGCCCCAGUGUGGUGCUGGCCUCUUACAACCACGAUGGGUCAAGGAAUAUUCUGGAUGAUUUCCGUGAGGCAUAUUACUGGCUGCGGCAGAACACAGAUGAGCACGCACGGGUCAUGUCGUGGUGGGACUAUGGCUAUCAGAUAGCAGGCAUGGCGAACCGUACCACACUGGUGGACAACAACACCUGGAACAACAGCCACAUAGCACUGGUGGGCAAGGCCAUGUCCUCCAACGAGAGUGCUGCAUAUGAGAUUAUGAAAUCCCUGGAUGUAGAUUAUGUCCUCAUCAUUUUCGGGGGAGUGAUUGGCUACUCAGGAGACGAUAUCAACAAGUUUCUGUGGAUGGUGCGCAUUGCAGAGGGGGAACACCCUAAAGAUAUCCGGGAGAGUGACUACUUUACCCCUCAGGGAGAGUUUAGAGUGGAUAAGGCUGGGUCUCCUACCCUGCUGAACUGCCUCAUGUACAAAAUGUCUUACUACCGCUUUGGGGAGAUGCAGCUGGACUUCCGCACACCUCCGGGCUUCGACCGGACACGGAAUGCAGAGAUUGGCAACAAGGACAUCCGUCUGAAGCAUCUGGAGGAGGCGUUCACCUCAGAGCACUGGCUUGUACGCAUCUAUAGAGUGAAGAAGCAGGAGAAUCGGCAGCCUCUGGAGCACAAGCUCCGCAGUGUGCUGGCUAAACAGAAGUACACCUCAAAAAAGACAGCCAAGAGGAAGAGGGGAUACGUGAAAAACAAACUGGUCCUGAAGAAAGGCAAGAAACUGAAUAAGAAGUCAGUUUAGUUAUUGAAUGGAAAACAAGGCAAAUGAGGCAAAAAAAGACAAUGACCAACGCAACAAGUAAUUCACAAUUCAAGGAGAACAAAUCAGUCAUCUGGCGUCCAACCACCUGAAAUAACUUGAUUUGGAGGCUUUGAUCCCGUGAUUGCCAUGAUGACCCAGAGGCUGUGUGACCUGAUCGAAAGGGUUGGAGAAGAGGGCCUGGACAGAGAUGUCUGUCCAUUUUAAUCUGAUUCUGGAAUUUUUUUUUUCUCUUCAUUGGUGGGUUUUUGUUUGUGUUUGGUUUUUUUUUUUUUUUUUGGUCUUUAUUUUUUUACUUGAAUGUGCUGGUAAGCAAGUGAGCUAUCCUGUCUGUCAAGAUAGCAAUCCAGUUUUUUGUGGUAUAAUUUAAUCCACCACAACAGUAACAUGAAACAAGAUCAAGAUGAGCCAACCUUGGAGCAAUAGCACCAAAGACCCCAUGUUUUUUGUUUGUUGUUUUUUUCCCUUUGGCAACUUUGACAACUUGUUACUUUGAUGGAAAAAUAAAAAUAAUAAUAAUAAUAAUAAUAAUAAUAAUAAAAGCUAUAGAGUAUGAGGGCUAUGGAUUGGUCUACAGUAGGGGAGGAACAGCCUCUUGUGCACUCUUGGUUUUACCUGACAAAACCCUCCUGCCUGUUUCAGUGCAGUCAGGUUAUUGUCAAAUGAAUGUUUAAAUAUCUCAGCGCAGCAGGCAUUGCAAAGGACUGAAUUAUUACUAAUGUGUUUAAUUAUUGUGGUGAUUUUAAAUAUAUAGAAUUUCCUUUUGUCAUUUUUAUAAUUGGUUGGAAAGAAAUCAAAAGAUUAUGCAAUAAUUCUAAAAUUGAAAUAUUGAAGUACCUAUUCUGUGCUCCCCAUUUCGUUCUCCGUUUCUUGGGCUCCUGUCUCUCGUCCACUGCUUGGCUCCAGCAGUGGCCCGUGGAGCUGAAUGCUGUAGAUAGACUGUCGGCUAAAGGCCAUUCCCCCCCCAUUGUCUGCAUUGUUGGGCUCUGUAGGAAUCUGUCCCUGUCCCCCACUUAUUUUGUAAUGGCUGUCCCACGUUUGACUACUCCACAUGCCAGGAGAGGGUGAGGUUUGUCUUAGUCGUAGGGUUUUAUUAAAUGCUGCGUUACCAGCCUGAAUGCACUUUGGCUUACUUCUCCUUAAAGUGGUUCCACUACUGAGUAGCAUGUGGCUGAGAAGUGUGUUCUUAUUGACCAGGUUUCUGUUCUUCUCUCUGUUUAGGAUGACACAUUGCAUCUCUCCCACCUCAGCUGAACUGCUCUCUUUCACUACUGGUUGACAGUAAUGGUAAUGGUUGGGUUUCUGCUAUUGUUUCAGUUUCUUGCUCCAUGUUUUUCUUGCUUUGUUUCCUUCCUUUCUCUGUACCUUGUUUCUGCUUCAUCUCUUUAGUGGGAGAUUAUAGGAGGAAGGUUUUAAUCGUUCUUUUGAGGAUGAUGCUGACAUCCUAACAGCCAUUUGCCUAACAUCAUAUCUAUUUCAUACUUAAUGGACUCAAAGGUAUUUAUUUAUAAGAACAAAAUGGAAAUAAAGAGGACAGCAUCUCAUCAUGAAAUGCAAAAACUGUAUCUGAUGUUUAAGUUGGGAUUUCUUCCAUGAAUUGUAAAAAAAAAAAAAAAAAAAAAA